AAUGUGAUGGCUGGUCGUUGAAAGAAAUCCUAGAUGCGUUGUUGAUUUAUUUUACUAACACCACAAGAGGUUUUGUCUGUUUAAGCUCUUUCUUCCACUAACCAUGGGAUGUAGCACAUUUGGGCUUCCCCUUGGCCUUACUUUUAUUUUUCUUGUCCUCGGCCCCGUCACUGGAGACGUGAGCUAUUCUAUCCAGGAGGAGAUCAAGCAUGGAUCUGUUAUUGGAAAUAUCGCAAAGGAUCUGGGAAUUGAUUUGGGCAGCCUGUCCGCUAGAAAAGCCCGUAUAGAUAAAGAGAGCAAUGGUGUUAAGUACUGCAGCGUAAAUCUCAAUACUGGCGAAUUAAUUACACAAGAAAGGAUUGACCGAGAAGGGCUUUGUGCGAGAAAGGCAUCGUGUGUUCUGAAACAGGAACUGGUGCUGGAAAAUCCAUUAGAACUGCAUCGCAUUAAUAUCCGCGUUCAAGACAUCAACGAUAACUCACCAAAAUUUAAGGAGGAAUCACUUAACUUCGAAAUUCGAGAAUCGGCAGGCAAAGGUGCACGUUUCCUCCUUGAUGAAGCGCACGAUGCAGACAUCGGAGAAAAUGCAGUUCAGGGCUAUUCACUUCAGCAGAAUGAUCAUUUCAAACUAAACAUUAAAUCUAAAGGUGGUGGGAGAAAAUAUGGUGAACUAGUCUUGGACAAAGAACUCGACAGGGAGGACAAAAAAGAGAUUGUGCUGUUACUGACUGCCUUCGAUGGAGGCUCUCCUCGGAGAUCAGGCACUGUGGUCAUACACGUCACUGUACUGGAUGCUAAUGAUAACGUACCAGUGUUUAGCCAGAACGUCUAUAAAGCAAGUCUGCCCGAAAACUCUCCACUGGAUACUGUUGUUCUCACAGUUAGCGCCACGGAUGCAGAUGAAGGGGUGAAUGGUGAAGUUAAUUAUGGGUUUGACCACGUUUCUGAAGAAAGACAAGUCUUUUCUUUGGACCCCAAAACAGGAGAAGUGAAAGUGGCUGGAGCUAUUGAUUAUGAAAAGGAAUCGUCAUAUGAAAUGCAGAUCAGUGCUAAAGAUGGUUUGGGAUUAGCAUCAUAUGCGACUCUCUUAAUUGAGAUUAUGGAUGUAAAUGACAACGUCCCAGUUAUAUAUCUGAAAUCACUGACUAACUCCAUACCUGAAAACGCGCCACCUGGUACAGAGGUGGGCAUCAUUAACGUGCAAGACAGAGACUCUGCAAAUAACCGACAGGUCCGCUGCUUCAUCCAGCAGGGUGUCCCCUUUAAGUUGAUUCCCUCAAUUAAAAACUAUUAUUCUCUGGUGACCACAGGACAACUGGAUCGUGAAAUAGUGUCUGAUUACAACAUUACAAUCACAGCCACUGACGAGGGCUCUCCACCUCUGUCCUCCUCUAAAACUGUUCACUUAUCUGUAGCUGACAUCAACGACAACCCACCUGUGUUUGAGGAACAGUCGUACAGCGCAUAUAUGAGUGAAAAUAACAAACCUGGCUCCACUUUAUGUUCCGUUACUGCUCGAGACCCCGACUGGAGACAAAACGGUACAGUGAUUUAUUCUCUGUUACCUGGUGAUGUGAACGGUGCCCCGGUGUCCUCCUAUCUAUCUGUGAAUGGAGACACGGGGGUAAUCCACGCUGUGAGGUCGUUUGAUUACGAACAGUUCAGGAGUUUCAAAGUCCACGUGAUGGCCAGAGACAACGGUUCUCCUCCUCUCAGCAGCAACGUGACCGUGAGUGUGUUUAUCUCGGAUGUGAACGACAACUCUCCUCAGAUCCUGUACCCCUCCCCGGAGGGCAACUCCUUCAUGACCGAGCUGGUCCCCAAAGCUGCACACGGAGGCUCUCUGGUGUCCAAAGUGAUAGCAGUGGACGCGGACUCGGGGCAGAACGCCUGGCUGUCCUAUCAUAUAAUCAAAUCCACUGAUCCGGGACUUUUUACUGUUGGUCUCCACAGCGGAGAGAUCAGGACACAGCGGGACAUUUCUGAAUCUGACAGCAUGAAACAGAACCUGAUAGUCUCUGUGAAAGAUAACGGACAGCCCUCUCUGUCUGCCACCUGUUCCAUGUAUUUACUAAUUUCUGAUAAUUUGGCUGAGGUGCCAGAAUUGAAGGAUAUUUCUUAUGAUGACAAAAAUUCCAAAUUGACCUCUUACCUGAUCAUUGCGCUGGUGUCUGUGUCCACCUUCUUUCUGACCUUCAUCAUCAUCAUCUUGGGUUUGAGGUUUUGUCGCAGGAGAAAGCCCAGACUGUUGUUUGAUGGAGCAGUUGCCAUCCCCAGCGGUUAUCUCCCUCCUAAUUACGCAGACGUUGACGGCACAGGGACUUUACGCAGCACUUACAAUUAUGACGCGUACCUGACAACAGGUUCUAGAACCAGUGAUUUUAAGUUUGUGACAUCAUACAAUGACAACACGCUCCCUGCUGACCAGACGCUGAAGAAAAGUCCAUCAGACUUUGCUGACGUAUUCGGAGAUCGUGAUGCUUCACCAGAGAUUCUAACUUCAAACUUCAUAUGCCUUAAAAAUGCCUUGCGCAAAUCCCAUUAA